CGUAAGAGGGAAAAAAAAACACAUUUCAAGAUGGUGCUUAACUCUGUUCGUCUUGGAGUUUUGCGACCUGGAUCAGAUUUAUGGGUCAGUCCUGCGAGGACCUUUGUUGCAACAGCGCUCCUCAGGAGAUGGAUUCCUCCUCUGGGUCCGAUGCCAAACCAGGAGUUUGAAGGCUGCAACGUGGAGUCGGUGGAGAAGUAUCGCACCUACAACCGCUACUUCAAACACGCUCUGGAGGCGAAGAACAAGCCCGUGUGGUGGAAGACCUACAGGAGCCAUGUGGAACAGGCUGACCCUGAGCACGGUGCUGAGCUGGUGGACAUCGGACUGGCCCACUGUCGGCCCAGCAGGACCAAACAAGUGCGGGAGAGGAAGCAGCUGCUGUUGGACAACAAGAGGAGCGCUGAGCUGGAGAGGGCUUCUCGUCUUCGGACACUGAAGAUCGCCCUGGACCGGGUGCAGGAGAACUGGGAGAAGACCAGCAUGCCGUUCCAUGUGAGGAGGCUGGCGGACCACUACGGGGUCUUUAGAGAUCUGUUCCCCAUGGCGUUCUUCCUGCCUGAGGUCAUACUCCGCAUCAGCUACGGUCUAGACAGAAGUGGCCAGGUGCAUUAUGGGAAUUGGCUCACUCCUACUGACGCAGCGUCCGCCCCCCAGAUCAGCUUCGAUGCAGAAGAAGGGUCCCUGUGGACCCUCCUGCUCACCUGUCCAGACGAGCAUCUUCUGGAUAACGAGGCGGAGUACGUCCACUGGCUUGUGGGGAACAUACCAGGAGGAGCGGUGCAGGACGGAGAGGAGCUGUGUCACUACCUGCCCCCCUUCCCCGCCCGAGGAACGGGCUUCCACCGCUACAUUUACGUCCUCUUCAAGCAGGACCGGCCCGUCGACUUCCAGGACGACGCCCGGUCGCCUCCAUGCCACUCUCUGGAGGAUCGCACGUUUAAGACGGUGGAGUUCUACAGGAAGCACCAGGAGGACAUGACGCCCGCAGGCCUGGCCUUCUUCCAGAGCCAGUGGGAUGAGUCUGUUAGCAGCACCUUCCACCACACGCUCAACAUGAAGGAGCCGGUGUUCGAGUUCAUAAGACCGCCUGUGUACCACCCUCCACAAGUUAAAUUCCCACACGGGCAGCCGCUGCGCUACCUGGACCGAUACAGAGACGGGAAGGAGCACACCUACGGCAUCUACUGACCAAUAGCUGAAAUAACUUAUUUCUCACGUCCAGUUUGGUUCAUUACUGUAAAAAUAAACCGUUUCUAACAGA